UUCUUUUGACUACAAAACCAAGCGCCAUGACCGCCACAACUGCACCUGUGACCUCCAGUCUCGACCUAAUCGGCAACACGCCGGUGGUCCGCCUCCGCAAUGUCGUCCCCGAAGGCCACGCCGACGUCUUCCUGAAAAUCGAAAUUGGCAACCCUACAGGCUCGCACAAGGACCGAAUGGCGCGAUCGAUGAUCGAGGAGGCCGAAAAGCGCGGAGACCUCAGGCCCGGGAUGACCGUGGUGGAAGCAACAGGAGGAAGCACCGGGUCCGCUCUGGCCUUCAUUUGCGCACUCAAAGGCUACAAGUUCCUCGUGGUCUCCUCCGAUGCCUUCGCCAUGGAGAAGGUUCGGACGAUGCGUGCGCUGGGUGCAGAGGUCGAGCUCAUUCACAGCCCGUCGGGCCAGAUCACGCCGGACCUCAUCCCGUCAAUGAUGCGGCGCGCACAGGAAAUUGUCGACUCCAGCGAUAACUACUUCUACGCGAACCAGGCUACCAACAACGACGCUCUCAUCGGCUAUGAAGGGAUUGGUCGGGAGUUACUACAGCAGUUCCCGGACGGGAUCGACGCGUUCUGUGGCGCCGUGGGAGGAGCUGGUAUGGUGAUGGCUGUCUCUAAAGUCCUGAAGGCUCAAUGGCCUCGGACGCGCGUCGUCGUGCUGGAGCCCGCUUCCUCGCCCGUCAUCACGCAAGGUCGCGCUGGCACCCACCAGGUCGAUGGCGUCGGUCUCGGAUACAUGCCCGCUCAUCUGAACCGGGAGCUCUAUGAUGAGGCACGCGGUAUUCCGGAAGAAGAGGCUCGUGCGAUGUGUCGACGCCUCGCGAAGGAGGAGGGCUUGCUGGUUGGAACUUCGACCGGGUUGAAUGUUGUCGCUGCUAUAGCUUUGGCCAAGGAGCUGGGACCGGGAAAGACUGUUGUCACGCUCGCUUGUGAUACCGGCUUCAAGUACAUGAGCGGCAGUCUUUUUGCCGACAAUUAGUGACUGGAGCCUUGUGAGUAAGAGAUACCUCGUGGUACUGGUCAAUCGGAGACAGGAUUGUAUGCUGGUGUACGUCGUGAGCUGUAGAGACAGCACUGUGUAUUGUAUUUGUUUAAGAUACUG